CUUCUAGUUGUUCCAUGGGAUAUCAGGUCAUAUUAGGUCAGGUGGUCAAAAAUCAUUGAGAAACGGUUACCAACGGUCGUGAUUGCGUUUCGUCAUUCGAUCCAUCAGGUUUAGGACAGGACUAUCUUGGACGGGGCCCCAGGACUUGCGACGACACAAUUGUUACAUAUUGACGACAGGAUUCGCCGAGAUGCGACCGGACUCGCGCAGCGUCUCGUUCACGUUUCACCGGGAGGUGUUAAGCAUGCGAAACUCGCCGGAGAUGGUGCGGAGCUCGCGAAAUCUGCGUCAGCGUCUGCAAGAUCGAUUCGAGAAAGAUCGGGGAUCGUCCAACAACGAUGCGAAAGAGAAACCACAGAAGACAAAGGAUUCGACCGACCGGCCCUGGAACAAUAUCAGCCUUGGCAAUGUAUCCGCGGAUUCGAGACGAGCGUUACGGAACGGUGCCGAGAAGCUGUCCAGGACAAUAUCCUCCGUUCGUACUACUUUUGGCACAAUAUCCCAGAAAUUUAAGAGUUCCACACGUAGACGCCAGCGACUGGAGGAACAACAGUCUCCAUCCAACAUGCAGACACCUCAGACUCGCUCCCGUCAACUUUUAGGUCGCACUCCGACUAAACUCUACAGUCCUUUUGGCAUUGAAUCACCGAGACACGCCUGGAAUAAGGAGAAUGAAAUUAGCACGCCGGUACGUGCAGUACGUGCCUCGUCGCCAGAGUGCAACAUGCGUUAUAUACAAUGUAGACCAUUUCGCUUUACAAAAGUGAAAGGAUUCUCCAUGUUGAGAUAAGGGAAGAGCCAGGAGCCUUCUCUUCAAAGUUACUGCAUGUCGAUCUCUCUUUCUUCCUAGCGAACGCAGCCAGGUUUGCGUGCCUUGUGUGCAGCAACAUUUAUAUAUCGAGUAUAAUUUAUUUAUGUUCAGUCGCGAGCAGCUCGCCGCAAGCGACGAGAUUCCGUCAUUGAGGCAGCAAUGAUGUUUUUUUAUACAAGUGGGAUAGGACGAGGCUGUUCCAUUAGUUUCAACCCUGU